CCAGGUCCAACUCAGUGUGUAGUGUAACUUUCACUCGGAACAUUGUGGUUUUACUUGGGUUGGUAGAGAAUAAAGUUCUCAAGUUACUGACAGCUAUUGCAUCCUGUAUGACCAUGGACCAAAAUGUACUCACCUAUACCGUGGCUGUGCUCAUCAUCGUACUCACUCUCAUCUACUUCAAGCUGAGGAAGACAUUUUCCUGGGAGCAACAUGGGGUCAAGGAGGUCAAGCUAGGGUCACAGGCGUUCACGGACUUCAGAGCGGCGUGUAGACAGGUGAUCGACGAGCAUGGCGACACCGUGGGGGUGGUGGGGGGCGACAACAUCCUCAUCACGCGGGACCUGGACAUACUACGUCACGUCCUGGUCAAAGACUUCAACAACUUUACUGACCGGGCUGUGGGGGUCAUCACCAGAACUCUCCUAGACAAAGGCGUCUUCUUCCUAAACGGCCAUGACUGGAGGCGUGUCCGUCACAUUGUCACGCCGUCAUUUAGUUCGGGUAAGCUAAAACAAAUGACCGCCCCCAUCAACGAGUCGGCACAGAAGCUGACCGCCGUCCUAGAGAAGCUGGCCGUGAAGAAAGAACUGGCCCCCAUCAAGCACCUGACGGGCCAGUACACGAGUGAGAUCAUCGCCAGGUCCGCCUUUGGUCUGGUCACCGACUGUCUGGGGAAGGAGGACGACGAGUUCACCCGCUUCUCCAAGAGCAUCAUCAAGUUGAGGAGUAAGGCGAUGAACAUGGUGAUGCUGGUCUUCUUGUGGUUCCCCGGGGUUCACAAGUUCCUCGUUCAGACUCUAGGUAUCGAACCGUUGGACGCGGCAAGUAUAGAUGCUGACAGUUACUUCAGAUCUGUACUACACAGGACCAUUGCAGAACGAGAGGCGAUGGAGCGUAACGGCCAGAAGACUCCAGCAGAUCUCUUGCAGAGUUUGAUCAACGCCAAGAAAGCUGGGGACAAGGAGGCGGCGUCUUUUGUUGGUUCGACUGAAGGCGUGACGUGGGACAAGCUACCAAAAACCAUGUCAGAUGAUGAGCUACUCGGUCAGUCACAGGUCAUCAUCUUCGCUGGGUUCGAAACCACAUCGACCACACUACAGAUGUGCCUGUAUCUACUGGCCCAGCACCCAAAUAUUCAGGAAAAAGUCUACCAAGAGAUUGUGAAUGUGAUCCACUCGGACAAGCCGACCUACGAGGAGCUGUCACAGCUCCGCUAUCUCGAGCAGGUGCUCCAAGAAACCUUACGGUUGUACCCGCCCCUCCCCCUGACCACUCGCAAGGCACUCACCACCUGCACCUACGGCAAAGUGACCAUCCCAAAAGGGACAUGGGUCAUCGCCAUGCUGGACGGUAUCAUGCUUGACCCUAAAAACUACCCCGACCCAGAAAAAUACGACCCCGAUAGAUUCUCCGAAGAAAAUUCAUUACCCAGAGAUCCCAUGACCUAUAUACCUUUCGGAGCUGGCCCUCGCUUGUGUAUUGGUCAGCGGUUGGCCAUGUUAGAGCUUAAACUGGGCUUAGUUCAAGUGUUGAGAAAAUUAAAGGUGGAGCUUAACCAGAGAACAGAGCCAAAGAAAGGGGAGACGCCAAAAAUGUCGUUCCAAGGAAUCAUCGUGGUAGAUCAACCAAUCCAGCUGGAGAUGACAGCAAGACACGCCUAGAGGAAAUGUAUUAGCUGUUCUGAUUGGGUGAUAGUAAAAUCUAUUCAUGUUUAUAAACAAAUCGAAUAUAAAUGACGUUUUCGGUUAGGCAAA